AUGACGAUCGCCUUUCGCGCAGCGCUGCGCAACUCGGAUUUUCUAAAUCAAAUCGCCACCGACAACACCAGCUGGCACUUCAUACCUCCGUCCGCGCCUCACUUCGGCGGUCUCUGGGAGGCGGGGGUGCGAAGUGUCAAGCAUCAUCUCCGUCGCACGAUACGAGCUCAUACGCUAACAUACGAGGAGAUGUCCACUCUCCUCUGUGGCAUCGAAGCAUGCCUCAACUCAAGGCCGCUAGCGCCGCUCUCUGACGCGCUCGACGAUUAUGAACCGUUAACGCCGGGACAUUUUUUGAUCGGCGGUGCAUUAACCGCUCGCCCUGAACCGUCUACGCUCAAUCUUAAAGAAAGUCGCCUCACGCGAUGGCAGCUCGUUCGCCAGAUGACGGAACAAUUUUGGAAAAUCUGGCAGAGUGAUUAUGUUAAUACUCUCCAGCAGAGAACUAAGUGGAGACGCCGACUUCAAACCGAUGUUCGCGUUGGGCAGCUAGUCUUGCUUAGAAACUCGCUUCUUCCGCCGUGCAAAUGGGAAUUGGGCCGUAUAAUAAUGUGUCAUCCUGGCUCCGACGGGCUCUCGCGAGUCGUCACCGUAAAAACAGCUACGUCGGAAUACAAGCGUCCGCUGAAUAAACUUUGUUUUCUGCCGAUCGACAUUGAGCAACAAUCGAACACCGACGGCGAGCCUCCGAAAUAG